AUGCUGGCGCUGCUUCACUACUCUGCCGUGCGUCAGGCACUGGGGACUCCCCUGUUAUCCACCGCCCCCGCUGUAACUCCCCUGGUAGGAGCGACCAAUCUGCAGGUCAUUGAGGCCCCACCUCCCGCUGCUCAGGAGGCAAACAAUCUGGUAAUCAACAAACAGGCUGCGCCAAUUGGGGAAAUACAAAAACUACCCACCGAGAGGGCACAGGAGAGAAGGCCAGAGGGGAGCCGAGUCCGGUUCAAUAGCGUUGUCAUGAAGGAGAAGGUUGACGAGUCUGAUAGUCAGUCCAUCUCCCCCGUGUUUGAGGAGGAGAGGCCGAGGGAGAAAGAGCGAUUGAAGGACCAGGUGUCGCAAUUGAAGCACCAGCUGGAGGAUCUGGAGGAAUCACUGAGGGAGAAAUCCCGGAGGGACGAUAGAGGGCAGAGGUCAGGGAAAUCAAACAGAGCAGAGAAGUCGUAUAGGGCAGAGAGGUCCCAUCGUUCAGAGAAAUCACACUAUAUAGAGAGGUCAGAGGAACAGGAGCUGGAGUAUUCCUCUGGCAGGCUAGGGCACAGGGUUCACAAGCGUCAUGCCCAUGACGCACCAAAGGAAAGAAGGGAGCAUGGGAGACAUAAGGAGGAUAAAAGGGCCAAAACAUCGAGGUUCCACCCUAUCAACAACCGCAGUCCUUUCUCCGACGACAUUCUGGCGGACACUUUACCCAGAAGCUACAAACCCAUCUCGCUAGACUAUGAUGGCACUACCGACCCGGAGGUACACCUCAAUCGGUUUGAGGGGAUGGUCACACUACAUAUGUAUACUGAGGGCAUCAAGUGCCGCAUCUUCUCCACUACUCUGACCGGACCAGCUCAGUUGUGGUUUGGAACGCUUCCCCUAAAUUCUAUUCACUCCUUUGAGGAUUUGCAGACCCGCUUCCUACGUCAGUUCGCAAGCUCGCGAAGGGUAGGAAAGUCAGCUCUUUCGCUGAUGGACAUCAAGCAGGAUCAGAAUGAAACACUGAGGGAAUAUACUGCUAGAUUUAAUCUCGCUGCUCUGGAGGUGCCAGAGGCGGAGUCACAAAUCAAGAAUUGCGCCUAUGUCAGAGGGCUCAGGCCGGGGAUCUUCUUUGACGAGCUACAGAUCCGACCAGCAAAGGAUUUCGACGAUAUUAUGGCGAGGUUGCCAGGCUAUUUGCAGUUGGAGGACGCCAGGAUGGGAAAUCUCGAUCAGUUUAUCGACAGAGGCAAUGAGGGCCAGAGACGGAAUCAGGGAAAUGAUCAGAGGGAUCAUAGGGACCAGAGGGAUCAUAGGGACCAGAGAGAUCAGAGGGAUCAGAGGGAUCAAAGAAAUAACCGAGAACAGCGACAAGAGCAGGGGAAUAAUAGGGACCGCAAACCUGAUGACAACCGGGAUAACCGCAGAGAAGGGCCAGAAAGACAAGCACCUCCUUUCUCGUAUAGGAGGGAAGUACACAUGAUCUGUGGAGAAAACGAGAUGCCCACAUCAAAUAGGGCUAAGAAACAAGUUGUCCGAGCAGUCAAGUCGGGGUACUACCCUAAACGGGUUAUGGAGAUUUCAAGCGCGGCAGAGGAGCCGGCUAUCACCUUUGGGACAGAGGAUUUACGCACAUUAAUGUACCCACAUGAUGAUGCGCUGGUUAUUAUGGCGGACAUAGCGGGCUGCAUUGUUCACCGUAUCUUAGUAGACUCGGGUAGCGCAGUGAAUAUCUUAUAUCUGUCGUGCCUUCAAAACAUGGGAAUCGAAGUACACAUUGAGCCAACGAAUGCCCCUCUGUUUGGGUUCGGGGGAGAAAUGGUCAUGCCUAUAGGUUACGUGGAAUUGCCGUUAAAUCUCGGCACUGCAGCUGCUGCCAGCAAAACUAGAAUGGUGCGAUUCUUGGUGGUGGAUAUGCCAAAACCAUCUUACAAUGUAAUACUCGGCCGGCCUGCCUUGAUGGCGUUCAGGGCAGUAAUCUCUAUGUUUCACUUGAAGAUGAAAUUCCCCAUCGAGGGGGGGAGAGUGGGAGAAGUCUGUGGUGACCAAACGGCAUCGAAAGCAUGCCAUGUACAAAUGCUUACACAUUCCUCAGGGUAA